AUGGCAAUUCAACCAAAGGCAAAGUUUUAUUUAAUAGGAAAUAACUAAUUUUUGUUGUAAAGCCAAUAUCCAAUAAUACAAUAAAAACUAGUUAGCUUAUUGUAAAAUUUAGGAAUCAACAUAAAAAAUGAAGAGAGUUUUACAUAAAAAAUACUGUUAAGCAAUGAAGAUAGAAAAAAAAUAUUGAAAAAUGAAGAAAUUUAAAAGCUGAUCAAAAUCAAAGACAUCCCAAAGUUUUUAAAAUAAAUUAUAUCUCUACCCAAGUAUUAAGUAGACUAGACUCAAAUUCAAAAAAAAAUUAAAUAACUAAGUGAUGUUAAACCUUCUAAGUAUUUUGUUUAGUUUUUUAUUGAUUACAUAGAAAAGCAAGGUAAGAUUCUUUUCCUAGAUGAUGAAAUAUUUCCAAAGGUAGAAACUAUAUCAUUUCUAAUUAAAAUACUUUGUUUAAAUUAUGAGAAACCCUGCUUGAUCGUAACUGAUAGUUAUAAAGUAGAUAAUUGGAAAAUAAAAGUAUAAAAAUGGAUUCCUAACUAAAAAAUAUCAAAAAUCUAAAAUUAAAACGAUACUGUUUAAUCAUGUCCAUUAGUUAUCAUAGUUAACUACGAGCACUUUUAGAAUAAUUAUGAAUGUCUGAGUGUUAUAAAUUUUGAAUUUCUAAUACUUGACAUUCAUGUUGAUUAGAUUAAAACAAAUAACUAUGAUAGCUUAUGUAAAAUAAGAAGUAAUACAAAAUCAGUAAUUAUAAUUGAAAAUUAUGAGAGAUUAAAUACUAUUGAAGACUACUGGUUAUAUCUUGCAAUCCUGCAUUCAACAAUUUUCAAAUUUGAAAGAUUCAGCAAAUUAUAAAAAAGAUAUGCAAUACUAGAUCAAAAUUCAGUCUCAUAUUAAGAAUUUUCUUAUAUUUUAUCAGAAUUUUUUCAAACAAACAAAAGUAGAGAAAAUCAUAAAAUUGAGAGUCAAUCUCUUUUUUAAAAAUUUAGCAUAGAAUUAAAUCUCAAGUAAAAAAAGUAGGUAUAGUUAAUUUAAAGACAAUUCAAUGGAUGGGAAAUAUAAGAAUUUGCUAAUAUUGGUUAUCAUACUAAUGAAGAUAUUAAUACAUACUUUUAAUAUCUAACUAAUUUAAAAGAAUAACAUAAAAAUACUCUCUUAAAAUAUUUAAGUUUAUUGAAGAGAAAGACUCUAGUUAUAGCAGAUGGAGAUUAAGUAUUGUGUAAAUUAUUCAAAAAGUAUAAAAAUGUAUAAUUUAUUUCAUCAGAAUCUGAUCUUAGUAUAGUCAGUCUGAAGGAAUAUGGUUAAAUCUUGAUUCUAGAAAUUGAUCAAAACUAUGAGGUAAAAAAAGCAUUCAUCCAAAGACUUAAGUAAGAUGAAAUAAUUAAAACGAGAAUGAUCUUUUUAGAAAUUGCAGACACCUUAGACUCUACUUUGAUUGAUUAUUUUAUAUCUUGA